UUUCUUCAGCAGUUCCGUUCAGGAACAGCAAUGCUGUUGGACCGUAAACAGCACAUUGGGGUCAAACGUGCGGGCUGAUGUAGCGUUAGCUUAGCACGGCUAACAAUGUCUAGUUUUUCCAGAUCUGCCCAGCAGUGGGCGACCUUUGCAAGGUCCUGGUACUUAAUAGACGCCCGAAUGCAGCCUCCAGGAAAGAUUGCCUCGAUGUGCUCAGUGCGGCUUCAGGGGAAGCAUAAGCCCAUCUACCAUGCACUGAGUGACGUUGGGGAUCACGUGGUGGUCAUGAACACCAGACACAUCGCUUUCUCAGGAAACAAAUGGGAGCAGAAGGUCUACUCGUCUCACACGGGAUACCCGGGUGGCUUCAAACAGCUCACAGCAGCCCAGAUGCACCAGAAAGACCCCACCGCUAUAAUUAAACUGGCCGUGUACGGGAUGCUUCCCAAAAACCUCAUGCGGAGGACGAUGAUGCAGCGGCUGCACCUCUUCCCUGAUGAUGUUCUUCCAGAAGAUAUCAUGCUGAAUUUGACGGAGGAGCUUCCUCAGCCUCGCCAGAUUCCCCGUAAACUGAAUGAAUACACGCAGGAGGAGCGAGACAGCUUCCCCCAGCUUUGGACCCCGCCUGAGGACUACAGGAUGAAGUGACCAUCACAGUGUCGGUGACCCCUGCAGUUUAAAUAUGUUUUUGUAUUGUUGUCUGUCUAAAAUAAAAUGUGUUGGAAGUUUGA